AUGGCAACAAAGGGUGCUCAUUUCGACGAUUCGGAAUCCGACGAUGACAACUUCAAUCCAGCUCCCGCUGACCUGUCUGAUGCCGAGGAUGAUAAUGGCCGCGAGGCAAACGCGGUCGCCUCGAGCUCGCCGCGCCGAGAAGACGACGACGACGUGAAGUCGGAGCCCCGAAACCAGAGACGACGUCAAAUUGACGCCGACGAUGAGGAGGAGGAUGACGGUGAGACGAAGACAGAGAAGAAGAGGAGCCGACACGUGGAGGAAGAGGAUGAGGAUGAGGACGGCGACGAAGACAACGAAGAGGCCGAUGAGGACGAGGAUGAGGACGAGGAUGAUGAGGAGGACGAGGAUGACGACGUGCAGGCUUCGAGACACAGGCGCAAACGCCAUAAGCGCGACAGCCGAGCGGCGUUCUUCGAUAUCGAGGCCGAGGUGGACGACGAAGACGAGGCCGAGGACGAGGAGAAGGAGGGCGAGGAGAUUGAGGAUUUCAUCGACAACGCGCAUCCGGACGACCUGGAAGAGACGAACAACCUCAACGACGACCGGAGACACCGGGAGCUGGACCGACGCCGCGAGCUGGAGCAGAGUCUGGACGCAGAGAAGCAGGCAGAGAUCCUGCGGCAGCGGUACGGAAACCGUCGGCCGGCGAAGGGACUGGGCGACUCGGCGGUGGUGCCGCGGAGACUGCUGCUGCCCAGCGUGGAGGAUCCGAGCAUCUGGGCGGUGCGGUGCAAAGAGGGCAAGGAGCGCGAGGUGGUGUUCUCGAUCAUGAAGCGAAUUGAGGAGCGGAUGGGCACGAAGGAAGAGCUCGGCAUCACGGCGGCGUUUGAGCGCGGCGGCCCGCAGUCGGUGAUGAAGGGGUACAUCUACGUGGAGGCGCUGCGACAGACGGACAUCAUGACGGCGCUGGAUGGGAUGCUGAACGUGUACCCACGCAACAACCUGAUCCUGGUGGAGAUCAAGGACAUGCCAGAUCUGUUCCGGAUCACCAAGACACCGACGCUGGAGCCGGGAGCAUGGGUGCGGCUGCGACGGCCGGUCAAGUACUCGGGCGACUUGGCGCAGGUUAUGGACGUGACGGAGAACGGGCUCGAAGCGCGGGUGCGCUACAUUCCGCGUCUGGACUACGGGGUGCGGGACGAGUCGCUGGCGCUGAUGACGGCGGAGGGAAAGCGCAAGAGGGUGCCGGGAGUCGCAGGGCCGCGGCCACCGCAGCGGCUGUUCAGCGAGGCGGAGGCGCGGAAGCGCAACCCACGCAACAUGAUGGCGCACGCGCAGCCGAACACGUGGACCUUUAACGGCGACUACUUUGAGAACGGGUUCCUGGUCAAGGACAUCAAGCUGCAGCAGCUGGUGGUCAAGGACGUGAACCCGACGCUGGAGGAGGUGACCAAGUUUGCGCUGGGAGCCGAGGACGGGACGGAGAACCUCGACCUCAAGGCGCUGGCGGCCAGCUUGAAGGACAGCAACGCAAACGUGACAUAUGUUCCGGGCGACGUGGUGGAGGUGUACGAAGGCGAGCAGAAAGGCGUGGUGGGCAAAGCGGUCAGCAUCGUGGGCGAUAUCGUGACGAUCGAUGUGACCGAGGGCGACCUACGGGGCCAGACGAUUGAGGCGCCGACAAAGGGACUGCGCAAGCGGUUCCGGGCCGGCGACCACGUGCGGGUGAUUGGGGGGCGAUUCCGGGACGACGUGGGCAUGGUGGUCAAGAUCGAGGAAGACCGGGUGACGCUGUUGACGGACCAGAACAACUCGGAGAUCACGGUGUUCAGCAAGGACGUGCGGGAGGCGAGCGACACGGGUGGACAGGGAACGCUGGGGCAGUUCUCGCUGCUGGACCUGGUGCAGCUGGACCUGUCGACGGUCGGCUGCAUUGUCAAGAUUGACCGGGAGUCGCUGGUGGUGCUGGACCAGAACGGAGACACGCGGCAGGUGAUGCCGUCGCAGAUCAGCAACAAACUUCCGAAGAACAAGAUGGCGGUGGCGGCAGACCACAGCGGGUCAGAGAUCCGGCUGGACGACGUGGUGAAGGAACAGGGCGGCCAGCGGCGACAGGGCAAAAUCAUCCACAUCCACCGUUCGUUUGUCUUUAUGCACAGCAACGCGACAACGGAGAAUGCGGGCGUUUUUGUGACACGGGCGAGCAAUGUGAACACAGUGGCAGCCAAGGGCGGCCGCGUGAGUGCAGCCGCGUCGGCUGGCCCCGAUCUGGACAGCAUGAACCCGGCGCUGAAGCGGAAUCCGGGCGGAGCAAACGGAAAUGCGAUGCAGGCGCCACAGCGCGUCUUUGGCCGCGACCGGGCUGUCGGCCAGACGGUCACCGUGCGGCGUGGCGGCUACAAGGGCCUGCUGGGCAUCGUCAAGGACACCACCGACACGCUCGCUCGCGUCGAGCUGCACACCAAGAGCAAGACCAUCACCGUGCCCAAGGCAGACCUGAUCUUCAAGGAUCGCGUGACGGGACGGUCGAUCGACAUCAAUGCCCGUGGCGGGCGUGGCGGCGGCGGCAUGGGUGCCGGCAGCAGUGGGCUCGGCCGUGGCUCGGCACCAGCCUGGGAGAAUGGCGGUGGCCGCACGCCGCAUGGUGGCAGCGGUGGUGGCGAUCGGACGCCAGCCUGGGGUCUCGCAAAGGCUACCUCGCACACGCCAGCCUGGAACCGCAACGACGCGUCCGGCUCUCGCACGCCCGCCUGGGCCGCAGACGGCUCCCGCACGGUCAAUCCUUAUGAUGGGAGCCGGACGGCGUACGGCUCUGGUUCGCGCACGCCGGCAUGGAGUUCCGGUGCCAAGACGCCGGCUUACGACGGAUUUGGUCUCGGGUCCAAGACGCCGGCCUGGGGUGCCAGCAGCGGCAGUGGUGGUGGUGGCGAUGCCUGGGGAUCGGGAUCCAAGACGCCCGCAUAUGGCGUGUCGGCGCCGACGCCGGGAGCCAGCGGCAACGACAACUGGGGCUACACGCCGGGCAUUGGCUCUGGCCAGGCCUACGAUGCGCCGACGCCAGGUGGCGCCCUCAAUGCGCCGACGCCAGGAGCUCUGAGCGCACCGACACCAGGGGCCUAUGCGGCGCCGACGCCCGGAGCCGCUCUGAGCGCACCCACGCCCGGCGCCGGGUGGCAGGGCGGCUGGGGGGCCGACACGGCACCGACGCCGGCUGGCGCACCUACACCAGCAGCUGGCGGCGGCUACUACGGCGCACCCACACCGGCUGCCUAUGGCGGUGCACCAGAGACGCCGGCAGCGAGUGGGCCACGGUACACGGACGACGAUUAG